AUGCGCCUAAUUGACACUACCACCCUAGAACUACACGAGUUCUCAGAAGAGCAAAUCCCAUAUGGCUGCUUUGCUGUCAUCAGUCACCGCUGGACCAACGACGAAGUCACCUUCAAGGAAUAUCGCCGUGGCCUAAAAAAGGACAGCAUUGGCUACCGAAAGAUACUACACAGCUGUGAGCUCGCCAAAAUUCGGAACCGCCAGUAUGUCUGGAUCGACACCUGCUGCAUCGACAAGAGAAGCAGUGCGGAGUUGAGCGAAGCAAUCAAUUCUAUGUUUCGCUGGUACCAGCGAUCAGCAGAAUGCUAUGUCCACCUUCAAGACGUCUCACUCUCUUCUCUACUACCAGGCCAAGAGCCUCACAAGCUUCUAGCAGGAUCGGACUGGUUCACCCGUGGCUGGACUCUUCAAGAACUCCUCGCCCCUACUAAGGCUCUGUUUUUCGACAGUGGCUGGGUUGCAAUCGGCUCCCGCAGCGACGAUGACAUUGCGUCUACGAUCUCCCAAAUCACCGGCAUACAGACCUACGAUUUGGGUCAAUUCAGUCAGCUGCGGGCUAGCGUCGCGCGUAAGAUGUCUUGGGCCUCAAAGCGCAAAACAACACGACCCGAAGACCUCGCAUACAGUCUGCUCGGUCUCUUCGAUGUCAACAUGCCGCUCCUGUACGGUGAAGGCGCCGCCAAAGCAUUCAUGCAACUACAGCUAGAGAUUAUCCGCAAGAGCUCCGAUAAAUCAAUUUUUGCAUGGGAUUGGCCACGGACGACCGACGAGGACGCAUUCUCAUGGCCUGGGCUGCUGGCGCCAUCUGCAGAGCCAUUCCAGGAUUGUGGUGAUAUCGUGGUCAGCGAGUUCAACUUUGAGAAUCAGUUUCCGUAUGAGAUGACGAAUCUGGGACUGUCGUUUAAGUCUAAGGCGGAAGCGGUGCAGGGCGAAGGGAGGGCGGAGAAGUACAUCAUUGACCUGGACUGUACGAGAUUGCGAUACCAGGCUGGGAGGGAAGGGAGGUUGAGAGAGCGGUGCUACAUUAUGCUGGAGCCUUCGACGCUGAACAAUAGAGUCUACAGAAGGAGGCACUUCGCGCAUUCCGAAGGUGUCAAGCCUUUUGAGGAGCGGUAUCCAAAGGGGAAGAGGAAGGAUGUGGGCGUGAAGCGCUUCUAUAUUCGGCAGGCUGGUCUGUGA